CCCUUAUUUGUCCUUAAAACAAAUUUGGAUUUACAUUUAUUAGAGCAGAUGUCCUAUUUUUAUUUUGGACAACACAUUUCCAAAUGGCACCAGGUCUUCUGUUGAUUUGAUGCUACACUGUGCUCAGAGAAGGAAGAAUUGAAUGUCCUCCGCAGAACUGGACUUCAACAAGGUAUUGUGAAGGAGCCCUUGCUUUCAAUAAAUAAUGAAGAUCUGUGGCCUGUGGGUGGUACAUGUACUGACUUUGGCCUUCUUUGCAUGGGGUGAUGAUAAUAUCCAACAGACCCGCAAUGACCGCGGAACAUUCUAUUAUGGAACAUUUCCAUCCAGUUUCUCAUGGGGAGUGGGCAGCUCUGCAUACCAAAUAGAAGGAGCAUGGGAUUCAGAUGGGAAAGGAGAGAGUAUCUGGGAUGUGUUCACUCACAGGAAAGGGAAAGUGUUUAUGAACCAGACGGGAGAUUCUACAUGUGAUGGAUACAAUAAAGUCAAGGAGGACUUUGAGCUGCUUAAGGAACUGAAGGUUUCUCAUUACCGUUUUUCUCUUUCUUGGCCACGUAUUAUCCCCACAGGAAUACAAGCUGAAGGUAUAAACGAGAAGGGGAUUAAAUACUACAAUGAUUUAAUUAACAUCCUUCUGCAAAACAAGAUCACCCCACUGGUCACCUUGUAUCACUGGGAUCUGCCACAGAAGCUCCAAGGAAGGUAUGGGGGCUGGCAGAAUAUCAGCAUGGUCACAUACUUUAAUGAUUAUGCCAACUUAUGUUUCGAGAGAUUUGGGGACAGAGUGAAGCACUGGAUCACAUUUAACUGCCCCUGGUCAGUGGCCGUUCAUGGGUAUGAGACAGGAAAACAUGCUCCUGGAAUGAAGCUGAUGGGGACAGGAGCGUACAAGGCAGCCCAUCACAUGAUUAAGGCACAUGCCCAGGUGUGGCACAGUUACAACAAGAAUUGGCGAAUCAAACAACAAGGCAUGGUGGGAAUCUCACUUACCACUGAAUGGGGGGAGCCAGUGGAUAUCUCCAACCAGAAGGACAUCGAGGCCGCAGAUAGAUUUAUUCAGUUUCAUCUAGGAUGGUUCGCCAACACUCUUUACAAUGGAGACUACCCACAGAUCAUGAAAGAACUUAUAGGCCAAAAAAGUGCACACCAGGGAUUGCGUGUGUCCCGUCUCCCCACUUUUACCUCUCAGGAGAAGAGUUAUAUCAAGGGAACAGUUGAUUUCCUUGGUAUUGGCCACUUUACCACUCGAUACAUCACAAGCAGGAACUACCCUUCAACCCACAGUCCAAGUUUCUACACUGACCGAGACCUUACAGAAUUGGUGGACCCGAGAUGGCCUGAGCCAGAGUCUAACUGGCUUUGCUCUGUGCCUUGGGGCUUUCGUAGGCUGCUCAAUUAUGUGAAGACACACUAUGGAAACCCUAUGGUAUUUGUAACAGAAAAUGGUGCUUCUGAGAAGAUGCAGUGUGUAGAGCUGUGCGAUGAAUGGAGAAUACAGUAUCUAAAAGGCUACAUUAAUGAGAUGUUAAAAGCUAUGAAAGACGGAGCCAAUGUUCAAGGUUACACUGCCUGGUCCCUUAUGGAUAUGUUUGAAUGGGAUGAUGGCUUCUCCGAGAGAUCUGGACUCUUCUAUGUGGAAUUCCAAAACAAAAACAAAUCACGUUAUCCAAAAGCAUCAGUUCCAUUUUUCAAGAGAAUUAUUGCUGCAAACGGAUUUCCUAAUCCCCGAGAGGUGGAAAACUGGCAACGUAAAUCGAUAGAAACCUGCUCUACCAUGAAUCAGCUCUUGGCUGCAGAGGAACAGAGGAAUACGGCUGCAAAUAUUCUGCGGCUUAUUCAUGACCCGCUGACCACUCACAUGGAAAUGGUAACAGAGAUUGUGGUGCCCACUGUGUUCACAAUCUGCAUUCUGAUAAGCGCAGUCCUUUUAAUGAUUCUGCUACGAAGGCAAAGCUAAAGCAGCAGGACACAGCAAAUAACCCCAUGGACUAAUACUGGUGGUGUCCUCAAACAGCCAAGAGUUUUGCUGACCACUUCCAACCCAUCAACUUCUGCAUCUCUACAAAACAGGACGGGAUAUUAUAUGAACAAAUGUUUUAUAGAAUCAGACUAAAUGAAUGUGCCAUUGUGACUGGAGACUUGUAUUGGCAGGGAAGUUUGUGUGAAGAAUGGAUUCGGCAAUCUGUGUCCUACACCAAGAUUUUUCUGACAAUGAAACAUUUGUGGAAAUAGGAAAUUUUGGGGAUAUGCAGAUAUAAAUCUAAAUGCAUACCUUGCUCUGGUUAAAGUUGCAGUGUUAAAUGUAAUAAAACAGCAGUACUGAUA